ACCACUAUUAAGCACAAGAAGCAAUCUGUGAGUAGGGAGGUGAGAGGCUCCAAUUCUUGUGGGCCUUGAGUUUUCUCACAUUAUUCAAGGGCCCACAGAUAUCAUUCCUAAUGAGAAUUGAAGCUUCAAGAUGAUCACGAUCGAAGGAUGUAUAGGGUGCAACUGCAAAUCAUGAUAUAAAUGAGGAGCAGUCUAUAAAAGAGGGGGGAGAGAGAGAGAGACGCUACAAAAGCUUAAUCUGAUCACUUCAUAGAGAGAGAGAGAGCUAAUGGGUGCCAGUGUAUCUGGCACCCCAACUGCAGGCAAUUCAAUUCCAUCUCUUUCUCCCAUUCUGUCUUUCGUCUCGGAUCGGAUCGAUUUCAAUGGCCUCGCACAGACACUAGUAGCAUUAUGGAGAGUAACAAGAGCCAUGGUGGUGGCUCCUCUGUUGAGGAUUGCCAUCCUCUUGUGCCUUGUCAUGACUCUCAUGAUCUUAUUGGAGAAGAUUUGUUUUGGUAUGGUGAGCCUCAUUGUGAAGACCUUUCGGCUGAAGCCGGAGAAGAGAUAUCGAUGGGAGCCGAUCAGGCCAGAUGUAGAGCUAGGCACUCUGGCUUAUCCUAAGGUCCUCAUCCAGAUACCCAUGUUCAACGAGAAAGAGGUGUACAAGCUGUCAAUAGGGGCAGCAUGCAUGAUGGACUGGCCAACGGACAGGCUGAUAAUUCAAGUGUUGGAUGACUCUACUGAUGCUGCUUUGAGGGAAUCAGUGAGUAUGGAGUGCCACAAAUGGAGGAGCCAAGGCAUGAACAUAUACUAUGUAGUUAGAGACAACAGGAGGGGAUACAAAGCCGGAGCACUACACGAUGGGAUGAAGAAGGACUAUGUGGACGAGUGUGAUUAUGUUGCCAUGUUUGAUGCCGACUUCCAACCUGAUUCUGAUUUUUUGUUGCGAACCGUUCCUUUCCUCGUCUACAACCCUAAUAUUGCUCUUGUUCAAGCACGUUGGAAGUUCGUGAAUGCUAAUGAGUGCCUGAUAACAAGAAUUCAGGAGAUGUCACUGGAUUACCACUUCAAGGUGGAGCAAGAAGCAGGGUCAUCUACUUUUGCCUUUUUCGGUUUCAAUGGGACUGCUGGAGUAUGGCGGAUAUCGGCAAUACACGAUGCCGGAGGAUGGAAUGAUCGAACAACGGUGGAAGACAUGGACUUAUCCGUUCGUGCUGGUCUUGCAGGAUGGAAAUUUGUUUAUGUCGGUAAUAUCAAAGUCAGGAAUGAACUACCAAGUACUUUCAAGGCAUAUCGGUUUCAGCAACAUCGUUGGUCCUGCGGCCCAGCUAAUCUUUUUAAGAAGAUGGCAAUAGAGAUCAUAAUGAAUAAGAAAGUAUCAUUCUGGAAGAAACUCUACGUCCUGUACAGCUUCUUCUUUGUCAGCAAGAUUGUAGCUCAUACAGUUACCUUCAUCUUUUAUUGCAUUGUAAUACCACUUACAGUUCUAGUUCCUGAAAUUGAGGUUCCCCACUGGGGGGUAGUUUAUGUCCCUACCAUGAUUACAUUCUGCAAAGCGAUAGCAACUCCGAGCUCUUUUCAUCUAGUGAUCAUUUGGGUCCUAUUUGAGAACGUGAUGUCGUUCCAUCGGCUUAAAGCUGCCGUUACAGGCCUCUUAGAGGCCAGGAGAGUCAACGAGUGGAUUGUCACUGAAAAAUUAGGAGAUGCUCACAGAACAAAGCCCGCCGCUGAACAUGUUGCGGACAUCGAAAAGUUGGAAGACGAUGCCCGAGUUACAAAGCCUUUACUCGAGCAUCAGAACAAGGAGGAGGUUAAAACUAGGUUCUGGCAUAGGUUCUACGCGUCGGAGAUUGUACUGGGGUUGUUGCUGUUGCUUUGUGGAGGAUAUGACUUUGCAUUUGCAAAAUCAGGCUACUUCAUAUACCUCUUCCUUCAAGGCAUUGCGUUUCUGGUGAUGGGAUUUGGUUACGUAGGAACUCAUGUGCCAGCUGGCUCAUAGAAACGAGGAGGCUGCACGACAUUCGUUAAUUAAUUUGUACAUCAAAUUUUUGUAGUCACCAUGUGCAUGGCCCUGUUCAUUGUCUUUACCUCGAUCCUUUUGUGAUCAGGCUAUCUUUCUGUGGCUCUAUAGGGUGGACU